AUGGAACAAAACAACAAAAGGGUGGUUUCUUCUAAAUCUAUGUUUUUAUGUUUUCUUAUCACCUUCAGCAUUGUGGCUCCACAAGCUGAGGCACGAGCAUUUUUCGUGUUUGGUGAUUCGCUUGUGGAUAACGGGAAUAACAACUACCUAGCCACCACUGCACGUGCCGAUUCAUAUCCUUAUGGCAUUGACUCAGCCUCUCAUAGAGCCUCUGGACGUUUCUCCAAUGGCCUCAAUAUGCCUGACAUUAUCAGUGAGAAAAUUGGCUCAGAACCCACGUUACCAUAUUUGAGUCCAGAGCUCAAUGGUGAAAAGCUGCUUGUUGGUGCAAACUUUGCUUCUGCUGGAGUAGGAAUUCUCAAUGACACAGGAUUUCAGUUUAUAAACAUGAUCAGAAUUACAGAACAGUUGGCGUACUUCAAACAGUAUCAGCAGAGGGUCAGUGCCCUAAUUGGAGAAGAACAGACGCGAGAUUUAGUGAACAAAGCAUUGGUUCUGAUAACCCUAGGUGGCAAUGAUUUUGUCAACAACUAUUUUUUGGUUCCUUUCUCUGCCAGAUCUCGCCAAUAUGCUCUUCCAGACUACGUUGUCUUACUCAUUUCUGAGUAUCGUAAAAUUCUUGCGCAACUGUAUGAGUUGGGAGCACGACGGGUUCUGGUGACGGGGACGGGACCAUUGGGUUGCGUGCCAGCAGAGUUGGCGAUGCACAGCCGUAACGGGGAAUGUGCGACGGAGCUGCAACGAGCCGUUAACUUGUUCAAUCCUCAACUGGUUCAACUACUGCAAGACCUCAACACUCAAAUUGGUUCCGAUGUCUACAUUUCCGCAAACGCCUUCGCCAUGCACUUGGAUUUCGUCACUGACCCACAAGCAUAUGGGUUUGUUACAUCAAAAGUAGCAUGCUGUGGUCAAGGAGCAUACAAUGGAAUCGGACUCUGCACUCCUGCUUCUAACUUGUGUCCAAACAGGGAUAUAUAUGCAUUUUGGGACCCUUUCCAUCCAUCAGAGAGAGCAAAUAGAUUAAUUGUGGAUAAGUUCAUGACAGGGUCCACCGACUACAUGCAUCCAAUGAACCUAAGCACAAUUAUUGCUUUAGAUUCUAUGACCUAA